CAAAUUCAGUUGCUAGCCAAGCGGUGUGGAUCAGACAAGCUGAUUGGUUGUAUCGUACGGACCCUUUGUUUUUAAGCCAAUGAACGGGAAGCUGACAUUUUACGACGAAUUCCAAUUAGAUGUGCUGUCUGGCGGGUGUCAACAUAGUUCAAACAGGUGUUGGGUGGAACAAAAACAUUGCGAAAACAACAAAAUAAGUUGAAUCAUGUAGAUAUUUGAAGCCAGUUUGAUUUGCUAGUAUACUGGAAGGAUAGGAGCAGGUAUGGCGGAAGAAAUCGGUUUGAACUCGAUGAAGCAGAGGAGGAAGAAGAAAUCUUCCAGGAGACCUCCGUCCAGCCCAGACCCUGAUGAGGAUGUACCAUCACCAGUUCCAGGUUCUCGGGUCAAUGACCUCCGUCCCAAGACUAAAGCCAAGCUGAACCAGCUGCUGGAGGCUGCCAUGGAGGAGGCAAAGACCGAAGAGGGAGGGAAGAAAAAGAAGAAAGGAAAGAAGAAGCCCUCAGCAGAAACAGUGCUGGAUGCCCUCAGAGAAGGUGCUGAUCUGAGAAAAGACAGUGCAGAUGAUUUAAACAGGAGUAUGGAGAACAAUUCAUACGACAGUCCUCGGAACAACAAGAACAGGAGAAGACAGGAGGAGUCUGUCAGCAGGAGUACAGACACCUUAGAUGAGGGGGAGAGGUCGCCUGGCAAGAAGAAGAAAAAAAAGAAGAGCAGACUGACAACAGAGGACACGGAUCAGGGAGAUGAGCCAAUGACAAUAGAGGAACUAGCCCCUUCCAAGAAGAAGACAAAGAAAAAGCGGCCACCGUCUGCCUCCCAUUCUGACAUGACUAAAGCAAACAGUGAGGAGAUGCUGGACCAGUACGAGCAGGCGCUGGAGACACGGCAGGAGGAUGAGCAGUCUGAGGGGGAGGGCAGUCCUCGCAAGAAGGGCAAGGGGAAGGGGAAGAAGACCAGGAGAAGAAAAGCUGAGUCAACGGAGGACGAGAUUGUUGAUAGUCCCAGGAAGCAGUUAGAAGAUGAGGGGAAAGUCUUGGGCAUCACUGUUCACAAGUCUGACCCUCUCAAGACUGACCUCUUCAUCCUCCAUCCGCUGGUCAGGGUCCACAUCUGUGACAUGGACACUGGAAACUAUGUCAGGAAGUUGGACAAAAAUCGGCCAGUAACAUCUUUCUAUGAGACCCAGCGAAGAGAAGUGGAGUUUAUCCUCCCCAUCAUGACUCAGCCAUUUGACUUUAAGAAGAAGAAGUCCAUGUUGCCAGCCUGGGAAGAACUUCUUAUCUUCAAUGAGAACUUCAACCUUUUUACCCAGAUGGAAGACCCAAGAGCAGUUGUACUGUUUGAGGUGUUGGACUUUGUGAGCAUGAGUGUAGCCAGUAACAACUACAGGGCUGAGGGGCAGCAGGGCGGCUGGCACAGGAUAGCAUGGGCCUUCCUCAAGGUUGUUGGUUCCAAUGAGAAGCUGAACACAGAUAAGAAGGUCCGUUUGCAGCUGUUCUACCCACCGUUUAAGUACAAGCCCAAGCCAGACGUGGUGGAUGUGUUUGAUUGGUGGCAGAACCUGCCGCGACAGGCCUACCCGUCCACGCUGUACGUCACUGUCAAGGGUAUUAAGAACCCUGGGAAAGUGGAGGCUGCACCUAGGUCAAUGGUAGCACUGCAGGAGGAGAAAGGCAGAAUGACGUACAAAGAGAUGAAACUGACAGCAAAGUUGAAGGACAGAACCUCCAGAACAAGGGAUGAGGUAGAAGGACCAGGCAGGUGGGGCAGGUUGAAAGGACAGGUGUGCAGACUGCCCAACAAACAGACCCUGUCCCUGCAGGCAGGCAGGAUGGGCUGUAUGAUUGUCAGGUUCUCUCCUAAUGGCAGGAUGCUAGCCUGUGGUUGUGCUGACAAGGACAGCUAUCCCAUCCUGAUAUAUGAGAUUCCAGAAGGCAGUCUGAAGGGUCAGUUCCUGGGUCAUCACAACAUCGUUUAUGAUUUGUCCUGGUCACCUGACAACAACCAACUCUUCUCAGCUUCUUCUGAUGGGACAGCAAGCUACUCCAUCAUGCAGAGGUACCAUGGUGCACUGAACAACCGUCAGCAGGUCCGCAGCACCCUCACACCGUGUGGGUCCUUUGUUAUCGCCGGCAGUGAGGACUCCUGUGCGUACGUCUGGAAUGCUGAGACAGGAGACAAGGUGGCUGUGUACCGAGAACUCGGGUACCAGAACACCGUAUGUGGGUUGGACUUCCACCCCCACGAUCACAUGGUGGCCUUCUGUUGCUAUGGAGACAACAACCCUAUCCUCAUCUACACAUAUGACCAGAAAGUUGCCAGACUAGAUGCUGGAGUGAUCUCAGAUGACCUUCAACCACCCCUGAGUCCUGUCAGCCCAGGGGGAAAGACUCCAGGCACCCCAUUGGCCACACAGUCAAGUUUCAGGGCAGAGACACCAAUAGGAGCAGAGAUUACAUCUCUGCAUGAGGAGUCCAGAAGAGCCAAUCGAAUGGACAGAGCCAUUCAGCUCUUGAGCUCUGUUUCUAGGACGCAACAAGGAAGCUACCAAUCUACCCCCGGGGUGCAAGGCAGCACUACCAUGAUAAACAGUACAUGGGGGUCAACUUUUGACAGGACACCAUACACGCAAAGUCCGCUGGGUACAUGGAACCAGCAGCGUGGCUGGACACCAGACUUUGUCCCAGUGGGGGGACGACCGGGCAGCCCAGUGAAGGGGUCAGCACCGCAGGUCUCCUUCCAACCUCAACAUGCCGAACAAAGGAAGAGACGUGGGGACCCACCCCGCGUAACCUUCGACCUCGGAAGUGCCAAGAAGGGUCCCUCUGUCAGUGUGCGAGCCAUCAGAGCUACAUCUCCAUUCAGACAAUCAGUGGUUGCCUUAUACGAUUACCAGGCUAGCCGGUCGGAUGAGUUAACCAUCCAGCGAGGACAUAGGAUAACAGUCCUGUACAAGGAUAACGAGAACUGGUGGUUUGGAGAGCUGGACGAUGGACAGCAGGGGUUCUUUCCUUCAAACUAUAUCACUGAGGAAGCUGACUGGCAAGACCAGGAGACUCCCCAGGCUGAGGCUGCAGCAGGUGAAGAGGAAGACACCAACACCAGGAUGUCAGCCGUGACGACCAAGUCAGGUGAACUGAAGAUCCUGUCAGGACCUGACAGUGAUACAGAGGACAUGUCACAGAAGUCCAGGUCAAGGCGCAAGAAAAAGCAGGGAUCAAAGGAGAACUUAAUAAAUACAGGGGAUGAUUCACUAGUGAGAACAACCAAGUCAAGCAGGAGGCUCAAGAAAAGAGAACAGAUACCUGCACCUGGAUACAAUAACUAUGGCUUUGAGAACUAGAGGGAAAAUUCCCAUAGCUGGUCGUACAUGCCAUCACUAUAGUAUACAGACACAUGGUAACACGUGCACGGUCAACUUCUCACUAAUUCUCCCUUAUGAGUCAGUAUUGCAAUACUCUAUUGCUAAUACAUAUAUUAGGUGACUGUAUCAUGUUUUUGUAUAAUAUGUGUAUCUCUCAUGUGUAUGGUGCUGCUUUUAGAUUCUUUUUACACUUUUAGUAUGUACUUUUGAGCAACUGUUUUAUAGAAAGUUUUAAUGCCAUAUUUAAUACAUUUGUAUGUCUAAGUAUGAUUUGGUGCCAAAUGUUGUAAGAUGCACAUGACAUUAGUCAGAGUUGAAUCACUUACUGUUGCAGCAAUAUAUGGGUGCUGAAAUAUAGCAACAUUUUACUGCAAUUAUUAUUCUCAUAUUUGUUCAAUGUUAUAGUAAAAGAGUGCAGAGGUCCCUUUCUUGUGCAAGAUGUAAUGGUCUUUUUAAAGCAGGCACUUUGCACAUAUUGUGUUGUACAUAUUAGAUGUAUGUAUUUUUCUAUCAAUACACACAACAUAUUGACCAAAACAGCCCUGACAUUGCCUAUGUAUAUAGUAUCCUGUUUAAGUACAAUCUCCAAUUUAGGCUUCAAGGACUGUUUUAGAUUGCAGUUCAAACUGUGGACAGGUAUAUUUUUGCUAUGUGUCCAGAGAUCAGGAGUUCUAGGUCACCUAGGACAUAUGCAAUGGGCCAGGUGGGAGGCCCCACACAGGGCAGGUCAAGUUUGUGCUACAACAACAAGUACAAAAGUUUAACAAAAGUUUCCAGGCAAAGGACAAUGCAGAUAGAAUGCAGUAUGGCAGCAACUGUAUAUUUUUCCUUGUGUAUGUUCUUUCAAACAUUUGCCAACAGCUGUAUUAAGUUGCAAGUUAUAAAGCAUAAUAGUUUUUCUGUA